AUGUCUCAAUCGAAGAUUACAACUUUCGCCAACGAGACAUUGGACAAGAUCUUCGCCUAUCUCGCCGAUAAGGAUGCCUGGCUUGCUCUGAUCAAAGUUCAUAAUGGACGCUGCUCGAUGCUCUCGACCGCGCUCACAGCCGCCCCGCACCUCGCCGGCUCAGUACAAACGCUACGAAUCGAUUGCCAGCUCGAAGGCGCGUACCCAUAUGGAAAACUAUCCCUCGAACGAGACGCGGUUCGCGAGAUUCUCGCCAAACUUGCGAAUCUACAAAACUUGACUAUCUUUAUCCUGGACAACCCGCGAUCAACGUUUGAGCAAAUGGACGCAUCAUCCGAGAUUGCUCAAAUGUAA